AUGGGCAAUCUAGGUGACUUGUCACCAGAAGGAAGCGUGGCGGUCGGUGUGAUCGUCGGAUUGAUCUCAACAAGUCUACAAGCAAUCGGUCUCACGCUCCAGCGCAAGUCGCAUCUUCUCGAGGACGACAAACACCCAUACGAUCUCCGCAGGCCCCCUUAUAAGCGCCGACGAUGGCAACUAGGAAUGGGCAUGUUUGUGAUCUCCAAUAUCGUGGGGAGCACGAUCCAAAUAACCACGCUCCCUCUGCCAGUUCUUUCGGCCCUGCAAGCGUCAGGACUUGUUUUCAAUACGAUAUUCGCCACCUUGAUCCUCGGUGAACCUUUUACUCGAUACUCGCUCGCGGGAACGGCGCUUGUUUGCAUUGGCGCAUUGCUGAUUGCCACAUUCGGUGCCAUCGGGGAACCGGCACAUACCCUAGAUCAGCUUCUUGGGCUGCUACAACGACGACCAUUCCUGUUGUGGAUGGGAUCUACGACUUUGCUGGUGGUGAUAAUACUAGUAGGCAUUAAAUUGUUGAAAUACCUCGUGCCGUCAUCGCGCGCAAAACCCUCGGCAUCCGGGCAUUUUACACCACACUUCCUGCGACUUCAAAGUCGAAUGAGACUGCUGAAAGGAAUGAGCUAUGGAUUCGUCAGUGGUGUACUGUCAGCUCAUUCUCUGCUCUUGGCGAAAUCGGCAGUGGAACUCUUGGUUCGGACUAUCGUGGAUGGCUCGAACCAAUUUAACCGUUGGCAGUCAUGGGUGAUUCUAUUGGGAAUGAUCUCUUUGGCGCUGACACAGUUAUUCUAUCUGCACCGUGGGCUGAAACUGUGCAGCACCAGUGUCCUCUAUCCUUUCGUUUUCUGCAUCUAUAACAUCAUCGCUAUCAUGGAUGGCUUGAUCUACUUCCGACAGAUGUCGCAGUUGGCAGGUUUGCACGCCGGUCUCAUUGCCCUGGGAACCAUCGUUCUCCUAGCCGGUGUUCUCUGUCUGUCAUGGCGACUGGAAGACAUUGACAAUCAUGCCGCUGUCACAACGGUGGGACCUACGCAAACCGGGCUCGGACCAGGGAUGGCAGUUAUGGAAGAACAUACCCCAACAUCACCAGGAUGGCUGGACGGCCAAGAUGAAGAAUCUCAUGUUGGAGAACGCGAACCACUCAUAAACAAAAAUUCCAAUGCGCGACAUCUCUCAUACCAGCGUGGACGAGCUCCGAGCUUGCCGCUGAACUUGCACUUCGAUCCUCGCGACUCUGCGGACCUCAACCCCGCGUCUAUCUGGGCCGAACUCGACGAUUCAGAUUAUGAAUCUGAACGUCGGCAAAAGCGGCCUUUGGCAAAUCGGCCACGCAGUAACAGUGGCAGUGGGGCUCUGGGCGGUUCGUCACGAGGGCUGGCGCGACACUCGACGAUUAGCGCCGGCAGCCAAGAUCGAUGGGGAUCUCGCCAGAAUUCACGGCGCCGUAUCUCGGCGCCAUGGGGAGGGUCAUCGACCGGGCAUCGCAAAUGGCAAAGUACCGGUGGCUGGUUCUCGUCUAGCCGCGAAGUCAGCGGAUAUGGAACCAUUCCAGAGAACGGCGAUGAUGCCCAUGAGGGUGAACAAAUCACCCGCCAUCCCCCUAGUCCCAGACCUGGUCUUCUUGCUGGUUCAAGAAGAGCUUUGGCAGGUGCCUGGACGUCUGGGAGACGGUUCGUGUUCGGAGAAAGCAGCCCGCGUACAGGCAGUGAAGCCGAGGUCGACCCUGAUGGACCUUCUUCGUCCUUGCUGCCGCGCUCUAGCUGA